CCUCCACGCCACCGUCCCCCGGGUGACAGGCCAAGCCGGCCUCCUCCGAGUCUCUAGUAGUUUCGGUGCAGCUGACGCAGGCCCGCGCGCACAGCUGGGCCGGAGCGUCCUACGCAGCAGCCGCGAGCCCGGCAGCGGGUGCCAGACGGUUCCCGGCGGGUUGCAGGGGCGGGGCAACGCAGGAGCCCGAGGACUCUGGGAGGAGGAGCUCCUCGGAAGCCAGCCUGACUGCAGAGGAGUUGCCAUGGCAUCCUACUACGAGAUCCUAGACGUGCCGCGAAGUGCGUCUGCUGAUGACAUAAAGAAGGCGUAUCGGCGGAAGGCUCUACAGUGGCACCCAGACAAGAAUCCAGAUAAUAAAGAAUUUGCUGAGAGGAAGUUCAAGGAGGUGGCUGAGGCAUACGAAGUGCUGUCAGACAAGCAUAAGCGAGAGAUCUAUGACCGCUAUGGCCGGGAAGGGCUGACCGGAGCAGGAAGUGGCCCAUCUCGGGCAGAAGCUGGCAGUGGUGGGCCUGGCUUCACCUUCACCUUCCGUAGCCCUGAGGAGGUCUUCCGGGAGUUCUUUGGGAGCGCAGACCCUUUUGCAGAGCUCUUUGAUGACCUGGGCCCCUUCUCAGAGCUUCAGAAUCGGGGUUCACGACAUUCAGGCCCCUUCUUCACCUUCUCUUCUUCCUUCCCUGGGCACUCUGAGUUCUCCUCCUCAUCUUUCUCCUUCAGUCCUGGAGCUGGUGCUUUUCGCUCUGUUUCUACAUCCACCACCUUCGUCCAGGGACACCGCAUCACCACGCGAAGGAUCAUGGAGAACGGGCAGGAGCGGGUGGAAGUGGAGGAGGAUGGGCAGCUGAAGUCGAUCACAAUCAAUGGUGUUCCAGACGACCUGGCACUGGGCUUGGAGCUGAGCCGUCGAGAGCAGCAACAGUCUGUCGCCUCCAGACCUGGAGGCACUCAGGUGCAGCAGACCCCUGCCUCCCACCCUGACAAUGACCUCUCCGAGGAUGACGAGGACCUGCAGCUCGCCAUGGCCUACAGCCUGUCCGAGAUGGAGGCAGCUGGGAAGAAACCGGCAGAUGUGUUCUGAGCUGGAUGUCCAGGAUCCAGAGUCGAUGCACAGUUCCAACAGGACAGCGCCCUUCCCUGUGCACUGGGAGGGGACCCUCCAUUCCUCUCCCUCACCUGUGCUAAGCAUAGAGCUGGGCCUGGGCCUGGAUGGUGGGUGGGAGUCGGCAGUAGUCUUAGCCUAUAAACUCUUCACAGGGUGUUUGGUGCUGUCUCUUGGGGACUACUAGUCCCAGAAUGCAACACACCUUGACUCAUUUCUAAUAGCUGGAGCUUGUGGGAAGCAAGUGUGGUUAUGGAGCUGUGCAUCUUGGGACAUGUAGUUCCAGCCCAGGUUGGCCUGUCACUCACUGUGAGAUGGGGAGAUCUUAUCCUUUGAGUCGUCCCUGGCAGGGGUGAUGAGAAUGUGGAUGAAGGGGUAAUGGUCCGAGCUUCCAUUUCCCUGACACCUGUUGCUAACACCGAUGGUAGAGAUUGAGUAUACAGUUGAAGGCCCCGUGGCAUCUGGGAGCAGCUCUUUUCCUGUGGGCAGUGCUGGGCUCUGAGGAACAAGCUGGAAUGGGAUCACCAAAAAGCCGAUGGGUGUGGACCGGUGGAGAGCUUGCAGGGAAUGGCCCUCUGGGGCGUGUGUGUCUGUGUCCGGGACUGGCAUGCAGUGGGCACUCCAGGCAUGUUGCUGCUUGUGUGGCUUCUCUGGCCUUUGCCCCUGCUGCCCAUUCUCUCUCCAACACCACAGCCGAGCCGCCUCUCCUCCUCCCUGCUGGGGGAGCCCAGUGGCUGGGGAGGGGAGGGCAGCGCCAGGGCAUUGCCAGUUCCUGUGCCACUGCGUCUGGGAGCCCCAUCGAAGCCAGCUGGGCUGAGCUCGCACCAGAGGGAAACACUGGAAGCCAAUAAAGCUGGGUUUGGAGA